AUGAUGCUCAUGCAUCUGCGACAAAGUGAAUUUGGCAGCAGCGGUCUUCCAUGCUUCAUCUAUUUAUCGUCAGACGCAUCCCCACAAGGAUCCUUAGAGUUCUACAUUACUUUGGAAGACAAGGUAUCUAGAUCCAGUGCUGCCUUAUUGGUCGAAGCAACAGCAAAUGAGAGAGCUCAAUGGGUCAAAGCAGGUCAUUUGAGAACUACAUGCUUACCUGUGGCUAUAUUGGGUAGCGGAAAAUCAAAUGCAGCUGCAAAAUUUGAAGCUCUGACCCAUUCAGUAAUCCUAGACUCAAUGUCUGGGGGGGAUCCACAAAAGGUUUCUGCUUAUGGAAACUCAGUUAUCUCUUUUUGUUCGGAUUUCGGAACAGAGGCACAUAUAUCCAACAUGCCCUCGGUAUCAAUACAAAAGAUUCUGGAGAACAAUGUUUCUCAGAGCGACGGCCUAUUGAGUUGCAGGCGACAGGUUUGCGAACAGCGGUUUGGGCCGAUUGAACAGGCCGACGACUCCAUCAUCGCUGAUUGUUGCAUCUUGGAAGCCCAGGAGUUUUCUGGACCUGGACCGGCUCUACGGUUUGAUUUGGAUGAUUAUUUGGAAGGGACCCCAAUGCGGGAAUUGCCGCGUCUUCGGGAAUGGGUUGGUGGUCUCAAGCUGAUCAGACUGGCCGAGAGGGAAACCGAGGGCCAACACCGGACUAUAACGCAGGUUUUCAACAGUGCUCCUUCAGCGUCUGAAAGUUUUGUAUCAACAGAACUGCGGCAGCGCCUGAUCCCAUUGUAUCUUUCCACUCCCCAGGACUUGGCAGACGCUGCCCAUGAGAACGAACACCUCGCGAGCACGGUUGGGUCUUCGCAAGCGGUGGCACGAUUGGUAGGCGGAAGUGACUGCGUUCCUACCCGCAAACUGUCAGAUCGUGAACAAAAGCAACUCUUGUACAGGCGAAAACUGCAGUUUGGGACCGGAGAUACAGUACAGCCACUGGUGGCUUCAAGCAAGGCUUCAAAACUUGCUGCGAAAAAAAACAAGGUCUCAAAAGCUUUGAAGGAUGUACAGUCGAAAACUGCUGAGGGAUCUUUGCAGCAGCUGAUGAUGCAGCAUUUCAGAGACACAACCAACCCGAUGUCCUUCUACAGCCUUCCUAUGAGUAUUGCAAACACUUUGCCCAUGAAACAACUGUCGGUGGCCGUGACAAGCAUGCUUUCUAUCAAAGGGAAACCAGCACAACCAGCUGGAACAUUGCCACUUGGGGAUGAGAUUCAUACUCUGCCAUUGGAAAAUAGAACCGAACAAAUUGAAGACGAAAAACCAACCUUUUUGGAACCUCUGCAGGAUGAUGUGACAGAGGAAAUGCCGAAAGAGGGUGGUGAGCGAGAGGAGGAGUUGGACCUCAAACAGUUGGUCGGCUAUUGCCAGUUGGAUGGGCUGUUGGUGUUCAAACUUGCGGACAAGAGCCCCUACUUGAAGGAACGUCCUUUGCAUAGUGUAGACAACUUGACUUUCUCUGACUUUGCAAUUCGGCUUUACAAGGUGCACAAGAAUGUUGAGGAUCGAGAAAUUUGGAUUUCCCCAACCUCCAAUGCAGAGGUUCCUGUGGUGCAGUUCUUCGCAGGACGUGCUUUCCAACAAAGGGUGGCAUGUCCACUCACCCUUCAGGCCGUGGAUAUCAAAAGGAAGCUCAAGAACAAGACAUGCUUGAUGAAUGGGCAGCUGGAGGUCUACUAUGCUACCGCAUUUGCUCUUGGACAGAGCUCACGUUUUGCUGAACUGGAACAAUUGCAGCCCAAUCAACCAGCCCAAUUCUACAGGAGCAUUGUGGCAACUGAGAGCGAUGCUUCCGUCAACCCUGCAGUUGAUAUGCAUCAAGAGGUUGGUGGUGAGCAUCCCCAUGGUGCCGAAGUCCAACAAGCCCUGGAAUCUCAAGCGCUCGACUUGGCUGAUGUUGACUCUCCCGACCAGGAACUGUCGGCCAAACAAUUGGCUCGACUUGUGCAGGACGAGAUCCAUGAGAUCGAAGUAUCAGAGGAUGUCGCAAACGUGCCAGCUGCAUCAAGUUCAAGCACUGCACGGGCACCAACCGCUACUCCAAGAUCUACAGCAUCUGCAUUUACCCCCCAUGCUUUGAGGGAUCUGAUUCCUGGAAGAGGAUCUAUUCGUGGAGUUUAUUUGAAACGUAUUGAAUCCUCCAGCCUUUACCAAGGUUUUUACCCUAGUUCGGACGGCUUAAAAAAGUCAUCAUCGUCAACUUGGAAGGGGACCCGAACCAACAGGUCUGAGAAGGACGCCCUGAUGGAUGUUUUGGGAUUCUUAUGGUCUGCACAUUCAUCGCGCGCACCGGAGCAUCCAGAUCAGCAGAAGCCAAAGGAGGCCGAUGUCAUAGAAGCUAUGCGGAGCUUCCAGAACAGCACCAAUACGGGUGCAUGUGAGAUGAGCAGCACUGCCAACGCUGGCCGGAAACGCAAACACAUGGCACAGUGA